AUGGAAACACAUCAGAAAACUCCUAUGGCAGUGAUGAUGACACAUGGGUUGGUUAGAUUUGUAUGUCUUAUAAUCUUAUUGUUACUCCCCCCAAAAAUUGACGGAGGGACUCUGACAGAAUACAACAGCGUUCACACCGCGGUUUUAUCUGGUUACAAUAAGGAUGCCAGACCCGUGACUGACCAGAACAAUGCCAUGAACGUUACGUUAGCGUUCCAUUUGCUGACCAUCGCAAACGUAGACGAAGUGACCAGCGAAGUGGUCAGUGUAGGAAGUUUCAGCAUAGACUGGCGUGACGAAGUUAUUCAGUGGAAUCCCUUUUCGUAUGGAGGAACCUUUUCGAUUAAUAUCGACGAGUCACUUGUGUGGAAGCCACCAAUGACAUUUCUUAACCCUAUGUCCACAAAUGUGGGUCUUUUAGGAUUCAAACAAUCGAAAAUCAAAUACUACGCCGACGGCAAUGCCUACUGGAACAUUGCCGAUAGGUACCAAACAACGUGUGAUUUUGACACAAGGUACUUUCCCUUUGACAAACAAACGUGCAGCAUGAAAAUCAUGGUCUGGGAUUAUAACAAAAAUGAGGUCUUGAUGUAUCCAUCGCAAUCGGUCGUCGAUUUAACUCAUUACAGUGAAAAUGGAGCCUGGGUUUUGGCAUCCACAGAAACCAAGUUUGAGCUUCUUGGAGAAAACUCGGUCGUGGUCUUUAACCUCAAUCUGGAAAGACGCCCUUUGUUUUUCGUUGUCAAUCUUUUUAUUCCAGUAUUUGUAAUGCUGAUGUUAAACACUUUGGUGUUUAUUUUACCAGCAGAUAGUGGUGAACGUGUAGGGUACUCCAUCACGUGUCUUCUCGCUUUGGCGGUCUUUCUGUCCUUGGUAUCAGAUGGUCUACCGCAAGUAUCCAAGCCUAUGCCAGUGAUAGGGUAUAUUUUGGCCACUUAUCUUAUGAUUUCCGGUCUUAUCUGCGUGGAGACAAUCUUCAUUCUUCGUGUACAUCACAAGGAGGAAGAGGAGGAAAUAUCGCCAUUUUUUAUGCGAUGUUACAAUUUAUUUUCUUGUGGUUCCUGCAAAAAGAGUUCUGGAAGUGUAGACAAUUUAACAACAGAAAAAGAUCUAGAAAUGACAAAAGUUGCUUUCGAGAUCCCUGAAAUAUCUCCUAUAACAUGGAAAAAGAUAUCAUCAAGGCUUGACAAAAUUUGUUUUAUGACCAGUUUGGCCAGUGUCAUCAUAGUUGGGGCUAUUUUCUUUGUUAUUGUUAAUGUAAAGUCCCUCUCUUGACAUGUCAAAUAUGUAAUGUACAUGUGCCUUUACAUACACAAAAAAAGAAUAAUAAAAAUAAUGCAGAGUUACACUGAUUAUGACAACAUCAGAGUGCCCAGUAUGUUAAGUGGAUUUUGAACAUCCUGGUACUACGUCCUUUUAUAAAGUAGUUACAGGUGUAUCUACAUAGUUGUAAACUUCUGAAACCGAUACUAGUGGCAAUAAUGCUGUUGCAAAUGUAUUUCAUAUAUAUGCAUGUUGUAUUCCUCAGUUCAAAAUCAUAACAGAUUUUAUUGUACAGUUCAUCGAUUAUAUGUCUAUUGUCUUUUUUCCUUAAUAAGGCCAUUCCUUCCAAUUUCUUGCAAAUUGUUUUUAUUGUAACAUUAUCGAAGUGUUUUUUUAAUAGCGGCUUAAAAAAUUCUGAAAAGACACUUUCUUGUCUGUUGGAACAGACUACAUGUACAAAUCGACAAUGUAAAUGUCUUCAGGUUAUAUUUAUCUCCAAUAAAACGUUUAUACAGGUUUAAGUUAUACGUUUAAACACUUAAUCUCUUAAUCUACAUCCAAUUAGCUUUUUAUGGGCAAUUUCAUGUAUCUGUCUAUCUCUCGUAUUACCAGCAAAUUUGAAUUUAAACCUUCACUCUAAAAGCCUCCUUAUGGAAUAUCGACCGUCGAAUUUAUUUAUUAAUUUUUUUUUUUUAAGUUUUGGGGUUUUGAGGAAAUAGUAUCAUUUAAGGACAUCCGAUCCUCAGC